ACUCUUUUCAUCACCUUCAAAUCCAAGCAUAGAAUAUUGUAGAAAACAUAUAUUGAUUGAUUGUAUUGCCUGUUAGUUAAGGUAGUGUUGGUAUCUAUCAAUCUUUUCAUAUUUUUCUCCUUUUUUGUUGAGUGAUUAUGGCGGAGGAGUGCCACCGUGACCAGGAGGAGCAAGUGGUUGUCAAGGCUGAGGAUAGGGGUUUGCUUGACUUCUUGGGGAAGAAGGAGGAGGAGAAGAAGCCUCACUGCGCCGAGGAGGAAGCCAUUUCCGGCGAGUUUGGGGAGAAGGUCCAUGUCUCCGAGCCGCCGCACGGGGUGGAGUAUAAGGAGGAGAAGAAAACGCUCCACCGCUCCUCUAGCAGCUCUAGUAGCUCUAGCGAGGAGGAAUAUGAAGAGGAUGGUGUGAUCAAGAAGAAAAAGAAGGAGAAGAAGGGGUUGAAGGAGAAGAUCAAGGAGAAACUCUCCGGCGAAGAGCAUCAGGGUGAAGUUGACACCAGCGUUCCGGUGGAGAAAUGCGAUGACGAGGAGCCGGCGGAGGAGAAGAAGGGGUUCUUGGACAAGAUCAAGGAGAAGCUCCCCGGAGGAGGGCAAAAGAAGGCUGAGGAGGAAGUGGCACCGCCGCCGCCUCCGGCACCGGCGGCUGAGCACCACGAUGGGGAGCCCAAGAAAGGGUUCUUGGACAAGAUCAAGGAAAAGCUGCCUGGGUACCACCCAAAGACUGAGGAAGAAAAGGAGAAAGAGAAAGAGAAAGAUGGGGAAUGUCAUUAAGAAAGCUAUGCAUGCUGGGGUUGCCAUGAUUGUGCUGUUUCUUUGAUGGUCAUUGUUAUAAUUAUUAUUAUUUGUAUCUUUUGCUUUUUUGCUUUGUUUGCUUUGCUUUGCUUUGUUCUGCUUAAUUCCCUUCGCUUUUGUAUUUUUGAUGAUGAAGGAUAUAUAUGCUUUGCUGUAAGUACUUUAUGUGCUUAAUAUCAACUGAUUCCUAUAUAUAUUUAUUAUAAGAUUUUAUUUCAUCC